UAAGGUGGUAUUCAGCAUCACGCACCACCACCACUAUCACCACCACUAUCACCACCACUCUCACCACCACCUCCGCCACGGCACUUAGGUAGAUUCUACAUACCUGGCCACACCUGUCCUCGCGUCUCCUCACACCACACCUGAGCGGAUUGAUUGACAGCACCACCACCACCACCACCACCACCAUGACAAGCGCAUCCACGGAGGAGGUCUUCAACACGACUUCAACGUUGGACUCCGACACGAAGAUCUCGAAGCCCAGCACGACGGAGAAGGUUCGCCAAGUGAUGAAGAUGAAGACGAAGAAGGACAGGAUCCGUAUGGCCGUGGCGAUAAUCGGGUUCCUCGCCGUCAUCGCCAUCAUCAUCACGGGGGCGGUGCUGGGGGCGAAGGCGAAGAAGAAGGACGAUGAGGUAGACCCCACGGAGCCACCCACCUCCUCGUUCCGCUUGCCCGACACCCUCAAGCCACUCGCGUACCAGGUAAAACUCCAGCCCUUCAUCAACGGGAACUUCACCAUCGACGGGUACGUGUUCUUGGAGAUGCAGGUGGUGAAGCCAACGAGUGUCAUCACGCUGCAUAUUGUGGACAUCAUCACCCAUAACGACACUGUGAAGGUCACCUCGCGUCCCUCACCUGAAGGACCCGAACGUGAGAUUGUCGUGUCGAAGCAAGAAUAUGACCCCGAGAGAGAGUUCUACAUCGCCACCCUGGAGGAGGAGCUCGAGGUCAACCAUUUAAUCGACAUCUCCAUGAGCUUCACCGGACUCCUGAAUGACCAGCUCAAGGGCUUCUACAGGUCCUCCUAUUUGUCAUCGGAGGGAGACACCAGGUGGCUUGCCGUGUCGUUCUUCGCGCCCACCCAUGCCCGCCGUGCCUUCCCGUGCAUGGAUGAGCCAGCUAUGAAGGCCAGAUUUGGGGUGUCGUUGGCAAGGGAAGAUCACAUGUCCGCGCUUGCCAAUAUGCCUCUCAUGAUUUCGCAGCCCAUAGAGGGCCAGGAGGGGUGGGUAUGGGACCACUUCGAGACCACGGUGCCCAUGUCUACAUACCUGGUGGCCUUCGUGAUUUCAGACUUCGCUAACCUGACGGACGGGAACUUUUCAGUGUGGAGCAGAGAGGAUCUUAUUAACCAGGCUGACCGCUCCCUCGAAGUCGGGCCGCCCAUCCUCGAGUACUACGAGGACUACUUCAGCAUUGAGUACCCGUUGCCUAAGAUGGACAUGGUGGCCGUACCUGACUUCGCCGCCGGAGCCAUGGAGAACUGGGGACUGAUUACGUACAGGGAGGAGGACAUGCUGCUGCCGGAGGGGUCGUCAGCAGCGGGCCACCAGCGGGUCGUUAUAGUGGUGGCGCACGAGCUUGCCCAUCAGUGGUUCGGCAACUUGGUGACGCCCUCCUGGUGGACUGACAUCUGGCUCAACGAGGGAUUUGCGUCGUACCUGGAGAAUGUCGGAACGCACCAGAUGGAACCCACCUGGCACAUGCUUGACCAGAUGGUGCUAACGAUGCAGGAUGUGAUGGUGGCUGACGGGCUGCCCUCUACACAUCCAGUCAGCCAGCCAGUCGAACACCCUGACGAAAUUGGACAGAUUUUUGAUGCUAUUUCUUACGAUAAAGGCAUGUCCGUGAUCCGCAUGAUGAACCACUUCUUGACGGAGGACACCUUCCGCAAGGGCCUCACCAACUACCUCAACCACUUCGCCUACGACUCCGCCACUCAGGACGACCUCUGGGAAUUCCUGACGGCGGCCGCGAAGGAGGACGGGCGGCUCCCACAGGACGCCUCGGUGAAGGAUAUUAUGGACACGUGGACGCUACAGGGAGGUUAUCCGGUGGUGGGGGUGACGAGGAGUGAGGAUGGGACUGUUACGCUGACCCAGCAACGAUUCCUCCUCGCCGGCAACAGCAGCGACGACCAAGGAUCAAGCUGGUGGGUGCCGAUCUCCUACACCUCCGCCAAUGCCCCGAACUUUACUUACACGUUCCCCGACCUCUGGAUACCGGCCGGGACCUCCUCGUACGCAAUGACGCCCAAGAUACCCAAGGAGCACUGGGUCAUCCUCAACAUACAGGGGACAGGUUACUUCAGGGUCAACUAUGAGGUCGCGGAUUGGGGGCUUAUUUCCGACCAGCUGAUGACGGGACACACGGUUAUUGAGGUGGUGACCCGCGCACAGCUCCUAGACGAUGCUCUCAGCUUGGCGCGUGGGGGCUAUCUCACUUACGAUGUUCCGCUGGAUUUGGUCAACUAUCUCGAGAAGGAGGUUGAGUACGUGCCCUGGAGCUCUGCGAUGGACGGCUUCUCCUACCUCGAGCAGAUGCUGACCAGGACGGCAGCCUACGGGGACCUCAGGCGCUAUCUUCUAAGCCUUCUCGAGCCUCUGUACUUCAGUGUAGGGUUCGAGGACUCACCAGACGACCCUCACCUCGACCAGUACAAGCGCUCGCUGGCCGUGUCCUGGGCCUGCAAGAUGGGCCAUGAGGAGUGUGAGUCUAACGCUGUCAAUCUCUUCAAUGCUUGGAUGGCGAAUGCGACAGAGGUCUCGGCUAACACCAAAUCCACCGUGUACUGCAUGGGAGUGGCGUCUGGCGGGCAGGAGGCGUGGGAGGGUGUGUGGGAGCGAUACCUAGACACGGAGGUUGCCAGCGAGCAGACACACCUCCUAAGGGCUCUCGGGUGCUCCAAUGAACUCUGGCUGCUGGCGAGGUAUCUGGACAUGGCAUUCACAGAGGGCAGUGGGAUCCGCAAGCAAGACAUCGCCCUUGUGUUCGGCUCCGUGGCUGACAAUGACAUUAGCCGCACUAUGGCCUGGAACUUCUUGCGCGACCAGUGGGAGCGGAUUGUGACCUACUAUGACUCCUUCUCCAGUGUGGGUCGCCUCAUAACUUCAGCCACAAAGGAGUUCAAUACACCCAUAGAGAAAUUUGAGCUCGAGACGUUCUAUAAAGAGCACGAAGACUCCCUCAGCACCGCCACCCGCGCUGUUCAGAUCGCUCUCGAGAACACGGAUGUCAACAUUGCCUGGAUGGAGAACAACUACGAGGAAAUCAAGAAAUGGCUGGGGGACAACGCCGGAGUAUAGAGGAGGAGGAGGAGGAGGAAGGAGAGGAAAGAGGGGGAUGGGGUUGGAGAAAUGAUAGCAAGGAAUGAAAGUAAGAGGAGGAGGAGGAAGAUGAAAAGGAAGAGAAGGAGGAGGACAAAGAGGAGGAGGUUUAGUAAGAAUGAUGAUAACAGGAGGAGGAGGAAGGAAGGAGAAGAAAGGAGAAGGAAGAAAAAGAGAGGGAUAGGAGAGGAGGAGAAGAUUGGUGAGAAGAAGAGGAAGAAAAAAAAGAAGAGAAGGAAAAGGAGGAGGAGGAGGAGGAAAGCAGAAAUGAUGUAUAUGUAUUAGAGAGAGAGAGAGAGAGAGAGAGAGAGAGAGAGAGAGAGAGAGAGAGAGAGAGAGAGAGAGUUCUAAUUAUACCUCUCUUACCUCAAAACAACUGCAACGAUUAUUAUUAUUAUUAUUAUUAUUAUUAUUAUUAUUAUUAUUAUUAUUAUUAUUAUUAUUAUUAUUAUUAUUAUUAUUAUUAUUAUUAUUAUUAUUAUUUUCAACAUGAUUAUUAAAGCAUUUUGUAUCA